UUCAGUCAUUCUCACUAUGUGUGUUUUACUGAGUUGAUUGAUCAAGCUGUGCGGACUAAACGCUGAGAAGCUUGGCGCUAUCGAGAGAGCUUGAUUAUCUUAUCGAGAAGUUACAGAGCGAUCGCGAAGCGGGAAGCUGGCCAGAGCUCAUUCGCUCGCGCUUCUGCAAAGUCCGAUCAAAUCGUAUUCGUAGAGCCGAAGUCAGCCGCGGAUCACGUUGGUAAAAGAAAAUGCAUAUCUGAAUCGCCGGUGCGCGGGCUUCAGCCGCUUCUCUGUGCAUAGUGAACCUCGUGCACUUCCCCGACGAUCCGUCACCGCGGCGAAAUUUAUUUUUUCGGCACUUAGAGAAUUCAACGGCCGAGCGGCACGAGAGACACCUGGCCAAACGAGAUCGCCACCGAGGUCGAGCGCCGGUGACGACGACAACGACGACGACGGGCUUCUAUUUUGAGUGCUGGGAAGCGGGACUACAUCACGUCGAGCGCAGUCGCCUCUUCAGCUCGCCGCGUCGGAUAUGCUCGCGACUGACCGGGACAAUGACAAGAUCGCCACGAUAACCGAUAAUGCAGAUAAUACUUACGAACCCGCGGACUUCGAUAAAGCCAUCUCCGCGACCGGUUAUGGACUGUUCAACGUGCUGCUGCUGCUCGCGACGUUACCGAUCGCGUGGACCGCCGUUUUCGACACUACUUCCGGCGCAUUCAUCUUGGCGUCAGCCGAAUGCGACCUCGAGCUCACGUUCUUCCGGAAAGGUGUCCUCGUCGCGUUUCCUUACGUAGCUAUGACAAUGACCGCAUUCAUAUGGGACUACAUAACGCCUUACGUCGGCUUGAGGACACUGUUCAUCCUCGCGCUGUUGGGUGACUCGAUCCUGAACAUCUUGAGCAGUGGUGUGCAAUCCUACUAUGUGUUUCUACUAGUCAAGUUCGUCAGCGGUGUUCUCGCGGGCGGCCCGUUGGCGAUGGUGAUGACGUACCUGACGGAGUUUCACUCGGCGAGGUACAAGCCGCGCUUCGCCACGUGGGCCGGAUUCCUCUUCGCCGUGGCGAACAUCAUGCCGGCAGCGUUGGGCUUUACGAUACUGUCGUUGGAUUGGUACAUCGACAUCUUCGGACGAGGCUACGACUCCUGGCGUAUAUACCUGCUGAUCUGCUCGAUACCUCACGUCAUCGGCCUCAUUAUGUCGGCCAUGUUGCCGGACAGCCCUAAGCACCUCAUGUCGAUCGGCAGGUCGGACGCCGCCUUGAGCUUACUCAGGCGAAUGUACCGCAUGAAUACCGGACAACCCCCGGAAAUGUUCCCGAUAAGGGCGCUGCUGGCGCCGGAAAAGACGCAAUCGGCGCGUCCCGUGCUCGAGGCGAGUCUCGAGAAGAUGCGCGUCUCGUUGUACAACACGAAGCUGCUGCUGUCGACGGCCUACCUGCCCGCCUUCUGCUUCGUAAGUUUCCUCCAAUUUGGAAGUAUGCUCGGAUUCAAUACGAUGAGACUGUGGGUGCCGCAUAUGUUCAUCAUCCUCAACAACUUCGACGCGGAUAACUGGACACCUGGCACGAGGCAGCCGACUAUGUGCGAGAUGCUGGAGCGACGCGCGGCUUUACCGGGCCGUCGUUACCUGAACUGCUCGAAUUUCGACGAGGCGUGCUUCGAGUGGACGAUCAAUCCCGUGGUCUAUCAGAAUUCCACCAUAAUCGCGUCGUCGGCGGUCGUGUUCUCGUUCCUCGCCGGAUUCAUCAUGAACACCAAGCUUCGCAAGCAGAUCGUAAUGCUGACGGCCUUCUUGAUAUCGGUGGCAAGCAGUUUCGGAAUAAAUUGGGCGCAGUCUCCGCCGUACAUGCUGACGCUGGCGGCAGCGGUUAUCGUGACGACAAGAAUAGCGGGUAAUGUCGUUACCGCGGUGAAUGUCGACGUUAUUCCCGUCCCAUUAAGGGCUACCAGCGGCAGCGUUCUCGUGACGAUUGGAAAUAUCGGCGCCAUCGUGGGAAAUUUGAUUUUCUCCGCGCUUCUAGGCGACGAGUGCAUCGUCGCCUUUACCGGCCUCGGCUGCCUCUUCACCGGUAUGAUUAACGCGCAUGCCACGUGCAGCGGCCUCAUUUGCCCGACGAAGAGUCUAAUCGAAUAUUUUAACAUGGAUUUCCACGGAUUUUCCCGAUCUGAUUUCUCACCUGUUCAUUUUCGCAGUGUGCUUCUGCCUGUCGCUGUUCUUCCCGCAACCCGUGAGAGACUCGCCGAAGAAACUCGCGCAAACGAACAGGUCCGAUGUGUGAGGGAGGACAACGCAAUAACUCGGGGAUCGGCGUGUUUAGGAUCGUUGAAAGUUUCAUUAAGCGAACAGCUGGCUCUCGCGAUUGGGCUGUGAUAUUUUUCUAAAGGAGCUGUACCGUUAUCGAGAGGAGAAUGUAACGCGGAAUGAGACACAGCGGCGAAUAAAAGUGCACGCACCUCUUCACCCUUACGUCGGCGAAGCGGUUGCGAUAUAAUUUUUUUAUACAAUU